GGCUUUUUCAGCCUAAAAAUUAAAUUUUAAGCUUAAUUUAAUAUUUUUGUACCACUAAUUUCAUUAGACUAAGCUGAUUGCUCUUGUUCAUAAUACUCUCUUUUUACACAUUUCUCAUUUAAUCUCGAAAUUAAGCAUUAUUACACAAAUUAACAACUUAAAUUGUAGAAUUUAAUUUAGUUUAACAAAAAUCAGCAAGAAUUUUUUAAAAAUGAGAUUUUUUAAAAUUAUUUUAAUCCAAUAAAUUGUAGUGGUGCUUGGAACAAAAUUAUAAUUUAUAUAGUUUGUAUAUUAAUGUCAGUUCAGCUGGAAAAAUCAGCUCAAUCUAUAGAAAUGGAGAAGUCGCAGGAGGAAGUUCCUGAGAGUAAUUUGGGAUCUAAAAUUCCGCUCGAAAUCAUGGGUGAAAGCCAACUAAAACUGAGCGGAACUUCCUUUAUUCUCCGGGAUUUUGGCCGAAAUUUUGUCUACAAGGUGAUUAAAACUCAUUCUGCUACUGAAGCUGUUUUUUACUCGAUUGCUUAUCGCAUUCCGAUCCCUCACCUAAAUGAUUUCAGAGUUAACAACAUUAAUCCUGAAGUUUUUGACAAUAUUUCCUAUCUCAUCGAUAAUGAUUUAAUUCCUCUUUUUUAUGGAAUUACUACCAUUUCAUAUGAAGAUUAUCGUUGGUAUGAUCUGGGUCAUGUAAUUGAUGUAUCCGCUAACACAUUCAAGGCCAUUAAGCUUGAAAACUUAAUGUAUGGGCUUGAAAAUCCCGGUGUUAUUGACAUCAAACUCGGCUCACACAACGUCAAUGAUGAUCAGUGUUAUGGCGAAAUUGAUGAUAAGAUUAAGGUAAAAUCCGUUGAACUUUGGAGAGAAUUAAAGAACAAAUACCACAAUUCUGUUCUCAAUGGAACAUUAAAAUCACAUCCGAACUUUAAUGCGUCAGAUUUGGGAUUGCCAGAAUCUUAUAAUAACUUGGACAUGCAUACACUGUUCAUGCUAAUAAAGACCUGGAGGCAGAAGCAAGUUGCUUUGGAAACCACCGAGCAAGAACUUGGUUUUCGAAUUACUUCAAUAUAUAUACAACAUCCAAAUAAGAAUUAUGUAAUAACAAGCAAUGAAGCCAAGACCUUAACUAAGACUCAAACAAUGGACUUGCUUGACAACAUAUUCAAGAAGGAUGAGAGGAUGGAGAUUAUUAGGCUCAACUUAAUAUCCUUUCUAGAGCGCUUAAGUGAGUGGAUAAACCUCCAGAAGUCCAUUUCCAUAGUCGCCUCCUCAAUUCUCAUAAUAUUUGAUGAAAGUAACCCGAAUCUCCACAAAAUUAAGUGGAUUGACUUCACUCACAUUGACCAUAACUCCACUCCCACAACGGAUAACAGUUCAAACAUGAUAAAUGGCAUUAAUAACUUAAUGUCAAUAAUUAAAUCCUAA